UGUGUGGCUGAAGGAUUACCUAAUCCGAGGAUACCUAUGUCUCAAUGUGGCGCAAUUCUAUGAUAAGAACUAUCAAGAUUUUCCAAUGGUUUCUUUCCAACAUCUUCAAUCCAAAGAGUUGAAGGAGGAUCGUUUGUUGUUUCAUCCUUAUUGCAAAACAGAGUUCGCGUUGUGAAGGGCUGUUCCGAGGAACCAGAUCGUUAGAGAGUGGUUAGCAAUAGAUAGCAAGCUUUUAAGUAAAAGCUGCAUCUCUGCUUGAAUUUUCAAAACCACAGGGAAAAGCACCACAGGGUAGGUAGAGAUUCAUAGUCGUCUUGACGAAAAACCACUAUCAACAUAGCCAUGUCAUUCUUUAACCCUUUUGUCGGUACUUCUCGAUCUGGCGAUGCUUGGUUUCUGGCUGGCCCUACAUCUUCCUUUCCGAAUAUUACAGCCUCCGGAGAUACUGUCCUAUCCGAUCGCUUACCAUGCAAAGGUUCUUUCGCACCUGGUUGCAAAGUCUUUCAUGUACCUGUUACCAAUAGUCCUCAAGCAGUUGAAGUCGAGCUUGAUGAUGCCGUAGCAGCUGGACUCAAGGAGCAAGUUAUAGUGUUUCAAUACCAAGGCAAGUUUCAUGCCGUUGAUCAUAGCUGUCCACAUUCCUCUUUUCCACUUUCACGAGGCACACCGUUUGACAUUGAGGAUUUUGGCAUACGAUUGAGUGUAGGAAUACAAUGUCCAAAACAUGACUGGUCUUUUGAUUUGAUUCAUGGCAAAGGUGACCGAGGAAGUUAUAAGUUGAAAGUCUGGGAAGUUCAACUACGAUCAAUUUCUGGGGCGGAGAAUGGAGAGAGGGAAGUUUGGGUUAGAAGGAAGCAAAGGAUAGGAUGAGUGUCAUUUGAGCCCGAAUGCCAGGUUGAGAUGGAUAACAAUCCGCCGAGGGAGAGGGGGAGAUUUGACUUCUAUGGACGAUCAGACUGGUUUUGUUAUGAGGUGCAUGCUAGAAUUUUAGCCAUGCUGGUCAUGGAGGCAGAAAUCUGUCAGUAGCAGGACGCUCAUGACCCCUCUCGAUUUUCUAAUCUGACUGUGGUAUAUAAUUCAAAACACCAUGGGUAGGUAGACAGUAAAACUUUAAUAAGGUAUUGAAUCCAGCCUUCAGAUUGCCUGAACGAUUAAAGUUUUGCUUACAACAAAACAAGUGGGGUUACGCGGCAAUGCGGGGUUUGCUGGAGAUCGCCGACGCGGUAAAACGCUCCGGAAGAAUUAUGAAUGCCUUCGGCCGAGUACCUGCCAAGUAUAUCCAUUACAUGUCUUGGAAAACACACGUAGAUAGACAUCGGUCAAUAAUUCACCGAAAAUAUUUUCCGAUGAUGAACCGAAUGUCGGAGGAAUACAU